AUGACCGCGCCUCCGUGCGUGCUUGCGCUCCCGGCGGCGCAGGUCCAGUCCAUGGUUCAGUACUGGGAGGCUGUGGCCAGCGGCACGCCCGCGGCAGCAGCUGCCGCCGGCGUGACUGGAGAGGAGGCGGCGGAAGCGGAGGCGUACGCAUGCGCCGCCGUCGCCGCGGCAGAGGCGGCGCUGGGAGCGCGGCAGGCCGAGGCCGAGGCUGCUGCUGCUGCUGCUGAGGCAGAGGCUGCGGCCGACGAGGCGGCCGGUGAGGCUGUCGCGGAGGAGGCGGCGGGCCAGGUGGCACAGCUGACCACAGCGAGCUCAGCAGCCCAGGCCAGCCCGGCGGCGCCGGCGGCCAGCCCAGCAGCCACCCCAGGCACCCUGUCGCGCCACCUGCCGGCCGGCGAGGCUGCCACCCCGUGCGGCCCGGCAGCCCUGGCAGGCGCCGCCACGCCCGCCCGCCCCACCCCUCUCAACUUUGUGUCUGCGCCGCCGCCCACGCCAGCCAGCGGCAGCGGCGGCGACCCCCAGCACGCACAGCAGCUGCACCAGCUGGCUGUCGGCAUGGCGGCAGCCGCCGCUGCUGCGGCCGCGGGGCAGGCCACCCCUCCCUCGGCACAGCGCAGCGGCAGCCGGCUGCCCGGCACGCCCGCCGCCACGCCCGCGUCGUGCACCGUGGCGGCGGCGGUGACGCCGCUGGCGCUGAGCGCGCUGCGGGCGCGCAUGGGCGGCAGCGGCGGCGGCGUGCAGGAUGCGGUGCGCAGCCGGCUGGCGCGCCUGAAGCGGGAUCUGAUGGCGGCACAGGCCAAGCUGGCAACUGUGGACCAGGGGCUGGCAUCCAUCGCCUUCACCCCCACCUCCUCCAUCACCGCCAGCGGCACCCCCGGCAGCCGUGCCAGCAGCCUGCUGCGCCGCACGCCGCCCACCCCCGGCACCGCCGCGCCGCUGGGAUCGCUCAUCGCUGCCGCCGGCAGCAGCGGCGCCGCCGCCACCGCCUCGGCGCAGCAGGAGCUGUCUCUCGGCAGCAGCUCGCGCGCCGCCGCGAUGAUUGCUGCCGGCAGCUACUCGCCACCGCUUGUGACGGCGCACGCCUCGCCAUCUGCCGUCAACCAAGCGUCCCGCCUCGAGCCGACGUCGGCGGCAGCGGCGGCAGCAGCAGCACCUGCCAGUGCGCCCGCCCAGGGCCCAAUCACGACCACAGUGACGGCAGCAGCAGCGGCAGCAGCACCAUCAGCGACGGGUGUGGGCGAGUGCACGCCGCCGGCCACCCGCCGCUCUGUGCGCUUUGCAGACAUGACGCGGGCGGCGGGCAGCGAGCGGGGCAUGCUGCUGCGCAUGGGCACACCCUACUCCCACUCCACCGCGGCAGCCCUGCCAGACGGCAGCGACGAUGCCGCCAGCCCGGCCUCCGCCUCGGCCUCGCCGGUGGUGGCCAGCAGCAGGCGCAGCCCGCUGGGCGUGGCUGGCAGGCGCAUCGCGGCGCCUCUGCGCAGCCCCCCAGCCGAAGCGCAGAGCGCGGCCAGGCCUGCAGCGGCGGUGGCGCGGUUUGCGCUGGAGCGUGGGGAUGGGGGCUGGGGCAGCAGCAGCGGCAGCGACGAGGAUGGCGAGCUUCUGUUUGAUGCCAGCCGCAUGGCGCAGCGCGCCAACCGCCAGGCCACGCCCUCGCCCGCGAGGCGGCCAGCCUCGGGCGCCGCCACCCCCAUGGCGCACCCAGAGCGCUAUGGAGGCUUCGCGGCGGGUUGCGGCGGCGCCGGCGCGGCCACCCCCACCACCGCCACCUCCAUGCUCUCCACCUCGAGCUUCUCCCCGCCGCGCCCGCUGGCGCUGCUGGCUGUGCGGCCGCUGGGCAGGAUGCACCGCCGCGGCGCGCUGCUGCGUGGCGUCGGCGCGGCCGGCGGCCGGCGGCGCAGCGAGGCGGAUGAGCGCGAGUUCCGGCGCCGGGCGGCCGCCCUCAACAUCCAGGUCUCGCCCUACUUCCGCCGCCCGCGGGGUGGGCAGGCCGCGGACGGCGAGUGA